GUUUCCAUAGGCGACCGAGCCGGUUCGACGAGAUUGUGUAGCUCGCCAUGGAGUGCAGCGUUAAAGUCGUGGACUCGGAGUCGAAACCGAAUUGGACUUUUUGUAGCGAAAAUGGCGUGUGGCUCGAUUUGAGCUGCUCCUCCGGCCAGCAGAGACUUCUCGGCUGCCUGGUAGUCGAUGUAACACAGGAGAAUAACGACAGCAGCAGCAAUAGUAGCACACCCGGCUUCGGAAUGGCUCAGGACCGCGGCAAGUACGACUUCUACAUCGGCCUGGCUCUGGCCGUCAGCUCCAGCAUCUUCAUCGGAGGUAGCUUCAUCCUCAAGAAGAAGGGCCUGCUGCGUCUGGCCAGGAAGGGAUCCAUGCGAGCUGGUCAGGGCGGCCAUGCUUAUCUGAAGGAGUGGCUUUGGUGGGCUGGUUUACUUUCAAUGGGUGCAGGUGAAGCCGCUAACUUUGUAGCGUACGCUUUCGCCCCCGCCACUCUGGUCACGCCUCUAGGCGCCCUCAGCGUGCUUGUCAGCGCGGUGUUGUCAUCAUACUUCCUGGGUGAACGCUUGAACCUGCACGGUAAGCUGGGCUGUCUGCUCAGUGUGUUGGGUUCCACCACCAUGGUCAUACACGCCCCCAAAGAGGAGGAGAUCGGCAGCCUGGACAACAUGGCACGGAAGUUGAUUGACCCAGGCUUCUUCAUCUUUGCCACGGCGGUGGUGACGGUGGUGCUGUUGCUGAUCUUGGGGGUGGCCCCGCGCCACGGCCAGACCAACAUCUUGGUGUAUAUCAGCAUCUGCUCACUCAUCGGCUCGCUGUCCGUGUCGUGCGUGAAGGGCCUGGGCAUCGCCAUCAAGGAGGCGCUGGGAGGCGUCAACGUGGCAAGCGCCCCCCUGGCCUGGCUCCUCCUGCUGGGGCUGGUGGUCUGCGUGGGGACGCAGAUCAACUUCCUCAACAAGGCGCUGGACAUCUUCAACACGUCCCUGGUGACUCCCAUAUACUACGUGUUCUUCACCACCUCGGUGCUCACCUGCUCGGCGGCGCUCUUUAAGGAGUGGCAACACAUGGGAGCCGCCGACAUCAUCGGCACGCUGGCCGGCUUCCUCACCAUCGUGGUGGGGAUCUUCUUGCUGCACGGCUUCAAGGACGUCAACGUCAGCUUGGCCGCACUGGCCGCCACCACCCGCAAGGACCAGAGGAGCGCCAACGGCGCCUACCUCGAAGCCAACGGCACGUACCAACUCCUCCGAGCUGAUGGCGACGAGGAGCGCGAGACGCCGUUUGACGCCGUUUCCAGGCGUAACGGGAGCCUGGCGUCGUAGAGACAAUCAGGUCCGAUGGAUUGUACUUGUUUUAGUUUGCCUUACUUCCAUUUUUCCCCUCUUCUCACUUUUCAAUUCAGUUGUAGCACUGGGGAGAAAAAGACUGUUGGGAGUCCCUCGGAGGAAUUCAUGAAGUGAAAAAUCAUAUACAUUUAUACAGUUUUGGAAAAUAAUUAUGAAAUCAGUCAAGUUUUCCUUUUUUUGUCCUUUAUGGGUACAGUGGCCAGGGAUAGCUACCUGGCUCUAUUUUAUUUUUUUAAGGUUAUAAUGUCAAGUCAUGACAUUCCUAUUCAUUGCAAUGGGCAAAGAUGAUUUGAGAUACAAUCCUGUUCAAAGGCAUUGUAUCUUGAGCAUUUCUCUCCAGAAAGUGAAAAUGGUCAAAAUACAAUAUCAACAUUUUUUUUGUGAUUUGUAACUAUAGGUGAGUGAUUCCUGACUAACCUUCCUCUUGCAUUCCUGGGUCAAUUUGACUCGUAUGACUGUAACCCUCCUGUUAUGUUUGUGUUUAAAAAUGAUCAGCAAGUGGCCUGAUUAAAUUGGCAUUAGCCAAUUAGCUCUGCUAAAAUUGAAAAAUGAAUUGAUUGCAUUUCAAUGGGAAAAUUGGAGACAUUUUGAGAUCCAAGCAUGGCUGCAGAACAAAUUAUACUUGUAUCUCAAGGCACGACUCAUGACUCUACUUACCUUUUCUGCACUCCAAAUGUUUUCUCAUGUUUUACACGAACACUAAGUAUAGCAAUCAUAGGAUCAUCAAGUUUUUUAAAUGAGCGGAAAUAUUAUACUUUUCAUUUUAAUAUUAAAACGGGUCCAUUUGAUCCACAGCAUAGACGGAGGGUUGAACUUAAUUUUCAUGCACUGGAAAUAUCAUUUAUAUUUAACAUGAGGUUUGACUGUCAAUACAAAUUGUUGUGAUAUGUGAAAGUAACUAUUUUUGUUGUUUUUAAUUUCUUUUAAAAAAUGCAUCUCUGCAGAUGAACCAACAGAUUUGUUACAUAUUUAUUGAAAUAAUAAAAGGAUGAUUAAAAGUCAA